AUGAGGACUGGUUCAUUGUACCUCAUGGAGAUUUACAUUGGCACACCGCCAGUCAAGCAGUUGGUGGUCGCCGACACCGGCUCCGAAGUCACAUGGACCCAGUGCCUCCCAUGUGUGAAUUGUUAUCAGCAAAAGAAAAUCAUGUUUAAUUCUCAAAAGUCAUCUUCUUAUAAAGUAUUACCAUGUAACUCGGAUACAUGUAAGGAUUUGGGCAAUAUGCGUGUUUGUAAUGAACUCUCGGAAUUAAAAUGUAGAUAUAAUGUAUCCUAUGCUGACGGUACAAACAGUUUGGGAGAACUAGCCUUGGAGACUUAUAGAUUAGGUCGCAUUUCCAUUCCAAAUGUGGUUUAUGGGUGUGGGAAUGACAAUCGAAUGAGUACUAAAGAGAUCACCUCCGGUAUGUCCGGUGUCUUUGGUCUUGGAAGGGGGCCUCUCUCGUUCCUUGGUAAACUUCCCAUAUAUUUGGGUAGUAAGUUCUCGUACUGUCUAGUAUCUCAUUCUAAACGAAAUGUCAGAAGCAAGCUCAACUUCGGCACAAACGCGGUCGUGUCUGGGCGCGGAGUGGUGUCCACCCCCUUGGUCACCAAGCCUUCCUCACCAUUAUAUUACCUCACAUUGAAAGCAAUCACCGUAAACAAUAUGAGAAUUCUGUUCACAAGAGAAACUAGAUCCAUGAAAGAAGGGGGAGUUGAUAUUAUUGGGAAGGGUAACAUCUUAAUAGACUCAGGCACGCCGGAAACUUAUUUGCCGACGACUGUUUACCAAAAAUUGAAGGAUGCACUAGAAAGUGUGAUUCAGGCCGACUCAAUUCCAGUUCCAAAACAUCCUUGGAUGCUUUGCUAUAAAUACAACAAGAAUUUGAGGAUUCCUUCUAUCACCUUCCAUUUUGAUGGUGGUGCUAACUUAACUUUUCCGAGUACGAGCACUUUCACUCGACUAGAGGAUUAUUUGUUAAUGACGAUGAUACCCAGUAAUAGGCCAUAUUUGGAAACUUUUUACAAAUGA